AUGGCACUUUUAGCACCAACAAAAGGGCACGGAGCGAUCUUUGAUAAGUACUCGUGGGAGCAAACCCUCGAUUCUGUGACUGUGACGAUUCCUGUUGCGGAGAAUGUUCGCGGGAAGAUGAUACAGUGUACAAUCGAGCCCUACUCUGUGGAUGGCAAGCUCUAUCAACGAAUCAAAUGUGACGAGAGUUUGUGGACUCUUGAAGGUGAAGGUUCAACUCGAGCAAUUCGUCUCGAUUUUUCGAAAAACGAAGGAGAUUGUUGGUGGCCCUAUGUGAUCGAGGGGGAGCCGUCUAUCGAUGUAACUGCGAUCAAUCCUGAUCCUGUCGGAAUUGACACCCUAAACGGUGAUCUGCGUGCUCAGGUCGAGAAAAUGAUGGUAGUACAUUAUGGUUGGGUGGGUAUGAAAUAG